CCCGGACAGACUCUUCAAGUGACUGAACAAGCAGAAUGGCAGAGGCCAACAACAGCUUUUCAGAGGGCUUCAUCCUGAUGGGUAUAUCCGACCAUCCCCAGCUGGAGAUCGUCUUUUUCAUAGUCAUUCUCUUCUCUUACUCGCUGACCCUAGUUGGGAAUUCGACCAUCAUCCUGCUCUCCUGCCUGGAUGCCCGGCUCCACACCCCCAUGUACUUCUUCCUCAGCAACCUCUCCUCCCUGGACCUCGCUUUUACUACGAGCUCGGUCCCCCAAAUGCUGACCAACUUAUGGGGACCAGAUAAGACUAUAAGCUACGCUGGCUGUGUGAUCCAGCUCUAUGUUUUCCUCUGGCUAGGGGCCACUGAGUGCAUCCUGCUCGUGGUGAUGGCAUUCGACCGCCAUGUGGCAGUUUGCCAGCCCCUGCGCUACACCGUCAUCGUGAGCCCUCGGCUCUGCCGGCUGCUGGCUGCCAUUGCAUGGCUGGGCGGCUUGAGCAACUCCAUAAUCCAGUCAACGUUCACUCUGCAGCUCCCAUUGUGUGGGCACCGGAGGGUGGACAACUUCCUGUGUGAGGUGCCUGCCAUGAUCAAACUGGCCUGUGGAGACACACGUCUCAACGAGGCCGUGCUCAAUGGUGUCUGCACCUUCUUCACUGCCGUCCCGCUGAGCAUCACCCUGAUCUCCUACUGCUCCAUAGCUCGGGCAGUGCUGAAGAUCCGCUCAGCUGAGGGACAGAGAAAGGCCUUUAAUACUUGCCUUUCCCAUCUGGUGGUGGUGCUCCUCUUCUAUGGGUCAGCCAUCUACGGGUACCUCCUUCCGGCUAAGACCAGCCACCAGGGCCGGGGCAAAUUCAUUUCCCUCUUCUACUCUGUGGUCACGCCAAUGGUGAACCCUCUCAUCUACACUCUGAGAAACAAGGAGGUAAAGGCGGCGCUGAGGAGGCUGCUGGGAAAGGGAAGAGAACUCGGCUGAGAGGAGGGAAAGCUCCAUCAUGUAUCCCCUCUUCUUCUCUACACGCUUUUUCUCAUUCUCGCUCUGGCCAGAUGAACAUGAGGAGGACUAA